AUGGAGAAGUCAGACGUGAGCUCGUCUGAGCUCCCAACACGAACCGAAUCUGUGCCACAGGCACAGGGGAAUCAUGACCAUGUGCUCUCUGUUGUCACCAAUGUUGUGACCGCUGAAGUGCAUCCGCUCGAGACGUCGUUUGAGCCGGAACCCGUCAGUAAGCUGGGAAAAGCACGGCGUACCGCGAUUAUUGUGCUUGUUAUACUGUGCAAUCUAAUUCAGUAUACCUCGAUGUUCUCGACCGUCGCCGGCGGAUUCGAGUUCAGCAGGCUCCUCGGCGUCGAAUUCGGACACGGCCAGACGAACUGGAUGGCCGCUGCAUACUCCCUCACACAAAGUGCCUUCGUCCUGAUAAGCGGCCGCAUCGGCGCCGUCUACGGACACAGUACGCUCCUCCUCCUCGGCGGCGCCAUCAUCGUCAUCUUCUCCAUCUGCAACGCCUUCUGCAACACAUACACAUCGUUCAUCGCGGUCCGAGCGCUGACCGGCAUCGGCGGCGGCAUCCUCAUGCCGAAUGCAGUGGCCGCGCUGACGAUUAUGAUCCCCGCGGGGCCGGCGAGAAAUCUGACCCUGGCGGUUUUUGCGGCCUCGCCGCCGAUAGGGGCCCUGGUUGGGGCGCUGAUUGCGGGUGCGGUUCUGGAGAGUACGGAGUGGAAGUGGCAUUUUAUUAUCAUAGCAUGUCUCGGUGCUCUUGCUGUCGGAAGUCUGUUUUUGGUUCUGCCGCGUGAGGAACCGGUGGACAAGGGGGGCAAGAUUGACUGGGCUGGCGCAGCGUUGGGAUUGAGCGGGCUUCUACUCUUCAGCAUUGCGUGGAACCAAGCCCCCUCGACCGGAUGGGAUUCACCAGCCCCAAUCGCAACACUCAUCAUAUCAAUCCUCCUCCUCGCAGCCUUCAUCACCUGGGAACACUCCUACGCAAGCGACCCAAUCAUGCCCCUAUCCGCAUUCACCGCGCCCAGCUUCAACGCCCUGAUCCUCGUCGUCCUCUUCAUCUACAUGUCCGUCGGAAUCUCGCUGUGGUACAUGGUCGCCUGGCAGCAGCUGAUCCGAGGUUGGACCGUGCUGCACGUCGCAAUCGGCUGGAUCCCCUACGGCGUCGGUGCGUCUGCCGCCGUCAUCCUCGCCGCCUGGCUCGUCACCGUCUGGGAAGCGCAGUAUAUCCUCGCACUGGGCUGCCUCGCCUCGUUCGCGUCUAGCGCCCUCCUCGCAAGCAUGCCCGAGCAGCAGCUCUACUGGAAGCAGAUCUUCCCCUCUACUGUCCUGGGCAGCUUAUCACCAGACUUCGUCUUCGUGGCCGCGCAGAUUAUUGCGAGUAAUAGUGUCUCGAAGCGCGAGCAGGGCGUUGCGGGGAGUCUGAUUGGGACCUUGAAUUUGUAUGGGAAUAGUCUUGGCUUGGGCUUUGCAGGGACGAUUGAAGGGAGGAUUGCGAAGGGGGGUGGAGAGGUCGCGGGGUUUCGGGCGGCCUUGUGGUUUGGGGCAGCACUGGCUGUUGCGGCGCUUGUUCUGGAUUUGGCGUUUGUGAGGUUGAGGCAUGUUGAUCGGGUGGAGGAGGACGGGGAGUGUUCCGAGAGAGGCAGAGCUGGUGGGGAGAUGCGCUGA